CGUCCACUCCGUCAUGAACGCCGAGAAGGCAGUCAAGAAACAUGCAGCGCAGCACGACCUGUUCAACCGGCUGCACUCGAUUGCGGCGGACGAGGCGUUCGUGCGCCGCGUCGCGGAGGAAUGGUUUGGUGGGCGGUUCGAGGUAGUCGCUAACCAGCGCUGCGGGACAUGGUAUUGUGACCCCGGAACGAGCUCGGAUACGUACGCGUAUUUCAAGUCGACGGACGGGCAUACUUUGAACUGGGACUUCAACCUGCGCCGCUCGAAUCUCGCGUUGGCUGCGCACGCGGAAGAGAAGGGCGGCUUCAUCCUCGUCGACUCGACACGCCGCGGCAAGCGCAUGCCCGACGGUCUCUCGAAGACAGUGCCGAUCUGGUGCGCUGUCGUGAACCGCGCGAUCGCAUUGCGGCGGGUACGCGAAGGCAGCGCCGAGAAAGAGUGGGACACGGCACUGUACGUGCCCGCGCAGAUUGUGUCGCCGUCCGAGCGGGCCCAGAUCGAGGCGCGGCUCGAUGCGUGGGCCGAUCUUCUCGAGACAUCGGUGCUGCCGCUCCCGGAGCUGCAGAGGCCGCUGCGGCCGUUCUUCGUGCACCCGUCCACGUCGGUGCCGCCCUCCAUCCCUGCUAAGCCGGGCUAUACGCCCAUCAUUUGCUUGUCGGCGUCGCGGUGGGUCAAUGGCGGAACCGACGACAUUCCGGCCGCAACGCGCGUUGGCGAGGGUCCCUUUGCGCGCACGGUCGCGUUCGACUACGUCCCGGGUGCGGGGGACGACGAGGAGCUGUGGGGCAGGGGACUCAAGCCGGCCAUGUAUCACGCCGCGAAGAGCUGGCUGCUUGCCACGCCGCGCGAUGAACUCCCCGAUGCGGUGGACGAGCUCAUCGACGAGCACGACCUUUCGGCAGGGAUGAAGAAAACGACAUUGGAAGACGGGAGCGAUGGAGCCGGAGGCGGGUUUGCAGGCGCCACCGCCGUCUCGUCUGGGCUCUUGCUUGAUCUUGGGCCGCCUAUCCGAUCAGGAGAGAAGGCCGCAUAUCCCGUCACGGCCGUCGUCCGGAUCGUUGAGAUCGCGAAGCCGCUGAAGGACGCACCGUUUGUUCUCCCACUCGCGACUUCGGGUGCGCCGACAGUCGUGGCAGCCAUUCCGUCGUCGCGGGCCAAGGGGAAAGAGUUCCUUUUGGCGCUCGAUGAGUUGCGUGCUCACGUCGCCCCUGCGGCGGAGGAGGGGGCGGUCCUGCUUAGUCCGGGGCGCGAGGAGGAGCUGGCAGCAGCUCUCGACCAGUACAACACGGGCCCGGACAGCCGACCCGUAGUGACGCUGUCGAGCGCCGAGCACUUGGCCACGGCGGAUCUGACGUCGGCUAAGAAGCUCAUCCUGCCGAUUGCUGUCUCCUUGUUGUGCUCGAUCCCCGAGUUGGGUGAGGAGCUCGAAGAGGACGAGGAGGUAGAUAAGAUCGUCAUCGCAGACGCAUUGCACAAGCUUGUGGCGUUGUGGCCCGACGGCAAUCCGCCACGCACGGCACUGAAACGCGUCAAUGAGUUCCUCAUGAGCCAGCGCCACCGAUAAUACUACAUAUGCAUGGGGCCGACUGUCCACGGCCGACUACAUUAGAUCGGAAUAC